AUUGUCUUAUGAGAGUAGGGCUGUGGACUGCAGUAUCUGGUUUCUGCUACCUAUUUCUGCCUGGCUGCAUCAUACAAGAGACACACACACAUUGGCCUAUGCUGCCCAUUGGAUUGAAAGAGAAGCUGAUGAUUUUGUGUCUCCGUCAAGAGGCUUGUUUCUGUGUGAGGAGUGAGAGUGCUCUGCAGAGAAAGGUAUCUGGCAGCUGGAUAGCUGGGACUGCAUUGUCUGCCUUCAUGAUCCCCGCUGUGUGAAAGCUUCCUAGAUUUCCUCCUUCAUUUCAUACUAAUUUAUUAAACCCUCAUCUGAGGCCAGCCAUGUUUGGUACGGAAUCGUCAUUGAGCAUGUUUUUGAAUACGUUGACCCCUAAAUUUUAUGUUGCUCUGACGGGUACAUCCUCCCUCAUAUCGGGGCUUAUAUUGAUAUUUGAAUGGUGGUAUUUUCGGAAGUAUGGAACAUCAUUCAUUGAACAAGUCUCUGUAAGUCACUUGCGCCCUCUGUUAGGAGGUGUUGACAACAGCACGCCAAGUAACUCAAAUACAAGUAAUGGAGAUGCUGACUCAAGUCGACAAAGUGUCUCAGAGUGUAAAGUAUGGCGAAAUCCGUUAAAUCUGUUUCGAGGAGCAGAAUAUAAUCGAUACACAUGGGUGACCGGAAGAGAACCGUUAACAUAUUACGAUAUGAAUCUUUCAGCACAGGAUCAUCAAACGUUCUUCACAUGUGACACUGAUCACAUGCGGCCAUCAGAUGCAAAGAACAACAGAGUCCUCCCUUCCUUCCAGGUGUGCCCAGCAGCAGAGUCCCCCCUUAGUCCAGUAAUGCAGAAGGCAUGGCGUGAAAGAAACCCACAAGCCAGAAUUUCUGCUGCACAUGAAGCAUUAGAAUUAAAUGAAUGUGCUACUGCAUUUAUUCUUCUUGCUGAGGAAGAGGCGACUACUAUUGUGGAGGCAGAGAAGUUGUUUAAGCAAGCACUUAAGGCUGGAGAAGGCUGCUACAGGAGAAGCCAACAGUUACAGCACCAUGGUGCUCAAUAUGAAGCUCAACACAGGCGGGACACAAAUGUACUUGUGUACAUUAAAAGAAGAUUAGCAAUGUGUGCAAGAAAGUUGGGCAGAACGAGGGAAGCAGUAAAGAUGAUGAGAGAUUUAAUGAAGGAGUUCCCACUGCUGAGCAUGUUCAAUAUUCAUGAGAACUUAUUAGAAGCUCUGCUAGAGCUCCAGGCAUACGCAGAUGUGCAAGCAGUAUUAGCAAAGUACGAUGAUAUCAGUUUACCAAAAUCUGCCACAAUAUGUUACACAGCUGCACUACUCAAAGCAAGAGCAGUAUCAGACAAAUUUUCUCCAGAAGCUGCAUCUCGACGGGGGCUGAGCACAGCAGAAAUGAACGCUGUAGAGGCUAUUCACAGAGCAGUGGAGUUUAAUCCACAUGUGCCAAAAUAUCUUCUUGAAAUGAAGAGUUUAAUAUUACCCCCAGAACACAUUCUGAAGAGAGGGGACAGUGAAGCAAUAGCAUAUGCUUUCUUUCACCUUCAACACUGGAAAAGGGUAGAGGGAGCCUUAAACCUCUUACACUGUACGUGGGAAGGGACAUUCAGAAUGAUUCCUUAUCCACUGGAAAAGGGUCAUCUUUUCUAUCCAUACCCCAUCUGUACAGAGACUGCAGACAGAGAAUUACUUCCAUCAUUUCAUGAAGUUUCAGUCUAUCCAAAGAAAGAACUUCCUUUCUUCAUACUCUUCACAGCGGGCCUAUGCUCUUUCACAGCUAUGCUGGCUCUUCUCACACAUCAGUUCCCAGAACUCAUGGGAGUUUUUGCAAAAGCUUUCCUGAGCACCCUGUUUGCACCUUUAAACUUUGUCAUGGAGAAAGUGGAAAGCAUACUCCCCUCCAGUUUGUGGCACCAACUUACUCGAAUCUGACACUUUUGCAGCACUACAAGAUGAACCCAACAACUUGGCUGCAUGACUAACAGAAGACCAGUUACCUAAGAAUAGACUGUUCUCAGAAACAAAUGUUUUUUUUUGUUAAUGGGAAAACAUGAUGUUCAGUUCUGCUAUAUUUUGCCUUCAGGAGCAGAAAACGAUUCUUUAAAAUAAAACUUUUGUGUAUGGCA